GAUUUUUAUUAUUAUAGGACGAUAUGUUUGGGGAUAUGGACUACGAUAAUUGGAAAGACUCUGUGGAUUGUAAAGCCAUUGGUUUUUGGAACUUACAUUCUGCUCUACCUUCCCAAAUGGAUUUUUUUAUCAUGCUCGCAUCUGCAUCUAGCUUGGUAGGACUACGAGGACAGGCUAACUACAAUGCUGGAAAUACUUAUGAAGAUACUUUAGCCAAAUACCGCCUAUCUAAAGGCGAGAAAGCUGUACCUCUCGACCUUGGUGCAAUGGUCGACGAUGGUGUUCUAUCUGAGAAUACUUGGCUUCUGGAUCGUGUCCUUACAUAUGGCUCUUUGGAGCCCAUAAACUGCGAGACAUAUCUUGCUAUUCUUGACUACUACUGUAACCUAUCGUUGCCACUUCUCUCACUAACGCAAAGUCAAGCUGCUAUAGGCAUUCGAGCUGGAGGUGGCAGCGGACCGGAGACUAUCGACUAUUCUCGGUCUCCUGUGCUAUACCCUCUUAUUUUACAGAACAACAGACAAGCAGAGCCAAUGGGUGGUACAGAUCAGGCUAAUUACCGCGACAUGAUAAUGACUUCAGCAUCACUUGACGAAGCCGGUGGGAUUGCUGCCCAAGCAGUAGACAAUAAAUUGGCCAAAUCUUUUUCAAUCAUGCAAGACAAUACUUCAAUCGAUAGGAACAAGCCAUUACAAGUGUAUGGUGUAGACUCAUUACUAGCUAUGGAACUGAGGAAUUGGAUUGUUAAAGAAUUUAUGGCUGGAAUAGCUGUAUUUGAGACACAUGGUGUAUCAACAUUAGAAACAUUGAGUAGGUUGGUGACUGGAAGGACUUCGAUUAAACAUGAUAGGUGGACAGUUUGGGGCUAUGGAAAAGAAGAUUGAUUGAUGAUAUGGGAAGCUAAGAGAACA